CGGAGGUGGGUGGAGGUUGGCGGAGGUGGGCGGAGGUCGGCGGAGGUCGGCAGUGGUUGGCGGAGGUGAGUGGAGGUCGAUGGAGGUAGGUAGAGGUCCGCGGAGGUCGGCAGAGGUCGGCGGAGGUCGCCGGAGGUCGCCGGAGGUGGGCGGAGGUCGGCGAAGGUGGAGCGGAGGUGGGCGGAGGUCGGCGAAGGUGGAGCGGAGGUCCGCGAAGGUCGGCAGAGAGGUUGGCGGACGUGGGUGGAGGUCGGCGGCAGUAGGCGGAGGUCCGCGGAGGUCGGCAAAGGUGGGCGGAGGUCGUCAGAGGUGGGCGGAGGUAGGCGAAGGUGGAGCGGAGGUGGGCAGAGGUCGGCGAAGGUGGAGCGGAGGUCCGCGAAGGUCGGUGGAAGUGGGCGGAGGCGGGCUAAGGUCGGCGGAGGUGGGCGGAGGCGGCAGAGGGGAUCGGGAUCGGGAUCGGGAAGCGAAAGCAAAGGUGGAGAGGAGGUGGGCAGAGGUGGGCGGAGGCGGGCGGAGGUGGAGAGGAGGUCGGCGGAGGUGGGCGGAGGUCGGCGGAGGUCGGCGGAGGCCGGCGAAGGUGGAGCGGAGGUGGGCGGAGAGUGAGAGAGGACGUCGGCGGAGGUGGGCGAAGGUGGAGCGGAGGUGGGCGGAGAGUGAGAGGUGGGCUAUGGCGGUCAGCUAUGGCGAAAGCGCAAGAAGAGAUGGCUGGAGGUGGAGGAGAUGGUUGCCGAAGGGCAGCGGACCGCGGAGGUCCAGAAUGCAAAAGGUAAAGCUCGACAGCGCUCGACAGGCUCAAAUUUGGAAAGGAAGAGGGAGGAUGGCGAUGUGGGAAGAUGGAAGGGGCAGAAGGGGAGGAGCAGAGACCGGAGAUGAAGGGAAAUGGAGGAACGGGAAAGGGCGACGAAGGGGUAGAGACAGCGAUGGCCWAACGAACAUAGCAGGAGGAGGACAAACCGGCGCGAUCGUGUGCUACUUGUGCGGUAAGCAAGGGCAUUAUGCGAGGAACUGUUGGGCCGCCGCGAAUGGCCGACCAACCCAACAGCUCCUACAGCAGUCAGUCCAACAGCCAUCGAUCCAGCAGGCUGACGAUGAGACAGCGGAGAUGAAAGCGUACUUCAGGAAGAAGAUACAGAAGAAGAAAUUGGAGGAGGAGAGAAGAGAGAAGAUAGAGGAGGAGAAGCGAAGAAGGGAGGAAGAAGAUCAAAAGGAAGCCGAUAGAUUGAGAGAUGCGGAGGCAAGGGAGGCGAAACUCGAAGCGAAACUGCUAAGAUUGAUGAGUCAGCACGGUAGAUCGAUGAGCGUGGCAAGAACUCCGGUGGUGAAGAAGAAAUCUCCAAGGUCGAAGGCAUGGAUGUUAAGAGAAAUGCGGAGCUAUUUUGACGGGUCGGAAGACGAUAGUGAGGAGGUAAGGGAAGAAGCCGAACGCUUGGUGAAUGCCAUAGAGAAUCGGAAGGGGAAACGGAAGGUGAAUGAGGUGGAAGGCAAAAUUUCGACUGCAAGGGUAAGAGCUACGAGGAACGCACCGAUUAACGUUGAUGACCUGCCAGAUGAAGUGUUUACCCCAGUGAAGAAGGGAGAUGAAUAAGAUAUCCUGGAGUUCGCACUGGGAAUGCACGAGCAACUGUCAGCGAAGAAAGCGCCCGAACUAAAAAAGAUGUGUAAUGAGGAAGGUAUCGAGUGGACAAGGAAGGAGAUCGCCGUCAAUGAACUUGUGAGGUGUAG